GGGUGAUUCCUGCGACGCUGUGCCGGAGGUCUGGGUUCAGCCGGUAAUCAGGUCAUGCUGUUGCGACACGGAGUCAAAGGCUGGAGUGAAUCAGAUAAAACGAACGAAACCUCACUGAAGAGUCCAGAUAAAGGCUUUAACCCUGGAGGUGAUGGGUUGAAGUCCAGCGCUGACAGAGACGUACGGAUCAACGCUUCCCUGUCGCUCACACACACUCUCUCACAGCUAACACACUCGUGACCAGCGCCGGACUUCACCAGCAACGAGAUGAUGGCGAGGCUCUGGGUUUGUUUCUUCCUGCUCGUGCACUUUCAGACCGAAGCACUUCCUGCUAAAAACAUCCAUCUUCUGGCUCCAGAGGAGCACAAACUCAUCCUGAACCUCGGGCAGAAAGAGUUUCCUCGGGACUGUUAUGAUCUGUGGCAGAGCUCCGGCGGUCAGACGAGGGACGGCCUGUAUCAUCGGCCCGGAGACUCAACGAUCGCCGUCUACUGUGCCAUGCAGGAGGGCGGCUGGACGGUGGUGCAGCACAUCACGGUCAACAGCAGCGUGGACUUUGACCGCGGCUGGGACGAGUACAAGCACGGCUUCGGAUCCCUGAGCGGGAACCACUGGCUGGGGAAUGAGCACCUGCACCGGCUGACCCGCGGCCCGGCCCGGUACAAGCUGGGCAUCAAGCUGGUGGACGAGGACGCCGUGAUCAAGACGGGCGAGUAUGAGCCAGCGCUGGUGGAGGACGAGGAGGCGCAGUACCGUCUGAGGCUGGGGCUGUUCCAGGGCACCGCGGCCGACGCUCUGACCCUCGACACCGACAACUACCUCCACGAUAACCAGCGCUUCACCACCAGAGACCGCGACAACGACAACUACCUCCAGAACUGCGCUCAGCUGAAGUUCCAGGGCGUGGCGGGCGGCGGCUGGUGGUACGACGCGUGCGCCGGAGCGAACCUGAACCGCAGGAACGUCAUCUACUGGCAGAAGGACUGCAAUAAAGAGCACCUGUGCAAAUAUGCCUGGAUGAUGGUGAAGCCCUCAGAUCAGUUCAAAGUGAUUCACUCCGGAGACUCCUGUGCGAGAGACGAACUCUGAUCCACUCCAAAAAAACUGUCCAGUUAUCCUGUAUUAACUCUGCUUUUCGAUCGAUAGAAUAAAAGAAUCAAUCAAUAGAGUCAUGAA